AAACUUAUUUUGCAAGGCCUAGUUCUACUCUUAGCAGGUGUGGGAUCGAGAGUCAGUUGUGCCAGUGAAGAUGCUGCCCAGUGUCCUACUUGGAAGUGGUUCAACCACUCUUCCGGUGUGUGUCAAUGUGGUAGUGCAAUUUGGGGCACUAUAAAGUGCAGUGAGGCGGAGAAUAGCUCAGUGUAUGCAAGAUUUGAUGUCUGUGUUUCGUGGGAUAGUCACUCACAGACUGUGCUCACAAGUUUGUAGUCCUUCUAAUUUAUCUUUUGAUGAAUGUGA